AUGGAUUAUUUGAAUAACAUCCUAUCUCAGCAGAGCAGUGUACCCAAGCUGGCUGAUGAAGCAAUCCCAACACUUUGUAAUAGGUUACUUCAUUCUACAUUAUCGUCAGAUAGAAGAUCAGCAGUGUUGGGGUUGAAAAGUUUCAGCAGGCAGUAUCGAGAGUCUGUUGUAGAAUAUGGAUUAAGGGCACUUGUUUCUACACUUAAGAAGGAUUCGGAAAAUCCUAGUAUUGUUAAGGCAGUUUUGGAAACGUUGCUAAUAUUGUUUAUUCGUGGAGAAAGUGACUCAGAUCUAACCAGAGGUUGGAUCUCCCAACAGUCGCGAGCACAAAAUGGUAAGUAUCCUUCACCAUUAUUGUUAGAGGUCUCGACGGACCAAUUGUCACUAUGGAUCGCGGACGAAUUGACACAAGAUGUUGAAACGGUCAAAUUACUUUUCGAUAUACUACAAGACAGUGAUGAUUUCUACGUGAAACUUUACACUAUACAACUUUUAGAAUCUAUGGUAUCAACGCGGUCCACAAAGACAAAGGACUGUUUGCUCAACAUCCCAACUUCAAUGUCUGUCUUGGUAGGGCUACUCCACGAUGCAAAUGAUCCCAUAAGGAAUGAAACAAUUUUACUCUUGAUGGCAGUUGUGAAUGACAACUUCAAUAUACAAAAGCUAGUUGCAUUCGAAAAUACAUUCGAAAUCUUAUUUCAAAUAAUAGAAGAAGAAGGUGGUAUCAGGGGCUCAAUUUUAGUUCAGGAUUGUUUAACGUUAUUGACUAAUUUAUUGAAAUAUAAUGCGUCGAAUCAAAAAUUUUUCCUUGAAACUCAAUGCGUUCCUAAUUUGACCAAAUUAUUGGAGGAGCCACUUGAAGGAGGGUACGAUGUUGACACUCAAGAGGAGGGCAAGCUACCUUUGUCUCUUCCACCUAUUGUAUGGACGGAGCAAAGGCUACAAAAUAUAAUUACAGUUCUUGAAAUUUGUAGAACUUUUGUCUCAGAAGACAAUGAGUUUUUGGAAUUGAACCAAAGCAAAUUUGAACAAGCCGGUGUUUUAUUCUCGGUCUUGAAGCUCAUAUUUUCUCCAAUGACUCCAAAUGAAGUUAGAUCAGUGGCGUUACUCGUUACAGGUGAUCUUAUAAGUGGGAACCCGGAUAUUCAGCUCAGAUUUUCUAGCAUUGAAGCACCCUACAUGGAUCCUUCCUUACCAUCUCAAAUUCGAUCAUUUGACAAUUCUUUGCCUGUGACUAUCGCUCUUCUUAAUUGGACACUAUUUAUCAAUUCUGUACAUAUAUUUGACAUUAGAACCAACUCGGCCUAUUGCUUGCAUGCCUACUUCAGAGACAACAAAAAGUCUCAAUCUGCUUUUAUGGAAGACCAAAUAAAGGCAUAUAUCUCGCCUACCUACUAUACUGAAGGCGACAAAGAAAAUGGAAACAAAACAGAAAAUGGAGCCGAUGAAAACUCAUCGAACACGGAGAAUCACGAAGAAGCAAAACAAGAAAAUGGAAGAGUUGGUGAAAGUGAGCCUAAUGGAGAAACUAAGGAGGCUGUAAAUGGCUCCUCAGAAAUAGUCCCAACUGACACAAGUGCCGCCCAAACGGCUUCCGCGUCUGAAGACAAUACAACACUGACUCCUUUCGCUAAUAUUUUUUCCACUUUAAUGGACUAUGAUUCUGAUACGAAAUUAAAUCCCUACAAAGUUUGGUUUGCAGCUGUUAUACUAAUGUAUUUGUUUGAGGACAAUGAUGAGAAUAAGGAGCUUGCGAGAGCCGUGAAGACUGGUGACGAGGCUGCAGGUGAAGAAGUUAUGACAUCAAUUCAGGCUAUUUCAGGCCUCUUAUUAAUGGCCAUGGAUGGCACAGACUCAAGAAUUGUAGUAGGAUGCUCAAUGCUUUUGACUGUCUGGAUGUAUGAAGACCUCAACGCAGUAAACGAUUUCUUGAGCGAUUCUUCUACUGUGAAGGCGAUUUUGGCAACUAUCUCAAGCAAUGCUGCCGACCUGACUAUAAUUCUUCAGGGCAUGGCAUCUAUUUUACUUGGUAUAGCCUAUGAGUUUUCUUCCAAGAAAUCACCCAUUCCUAGAAGCGAUUUACAUUCUUUAUUAGUGAAAGGCUUGGGUCGAGACAACUAUUCAUUGAAAGUCAGGCAAUUUAAAGACCAUCAACUGCUAAAGAAUUAUGAGUCAAAUUUUGAUUUAGAUGUGGAAAAAGAUGAUACAGGACUACCUGCGAUAUACUUUGACCCUAUUUAUGUCAACCUAGUGAAGGAGAAUUUCACCAGAAUAAGAAGAGCAUUAUUUCAUGAUCCAGAGAGUGAACCCCAAGCGCAUAUUUCUUACGAAGUAUACGAGGAACUUGAGGCAAAUUUCACCUCUUUAAAGAAGGCUCUAAAUGCGGCACAGGUGAAGGCUACUGAAACAGAGAAAUAUCUUCAAGAAGAAAAUGAAAAAGUUUCUGAGCAUUGCAAAGAAUUGGACGAGGAAAUAAAGAAACUCAACAGUGAAAUUCAAGAAGCCAAAGAGAAAUACAACUCUAUUUCCUCCAAAUAUUCCGAAACUUCAGAGUCUUUGGAAGAACUUCAAAAAUCCAAAAAAGAGUUUGAAGAUUCAUCAUCGAAGUACUUUAAUGAGUUGCAGAUAGCAUUGAAAAACCAAGAGACUACAUCUGACUCCGUAAAGGAGCUAGAGAACAAGUUGGAGCAGACUGAAGCUAUGAAAAGUAAGUUAGAGAAUGGAAUUAACAACAUGACUCGUGAUUUAUUCCAUUUGAAAAAAGAAAAGGAGGAAGCCGAAAGGACACUGAAAAGCUCAGAAAAAGAGGUAAAAACAUUGAAUGGAGAAAUUGAAAAAAUGAAGAAAAAAUUCGAAGCAAAGAUUGAUGCUCUUCAAAAAACCAAUGACGAAUUCCAAGCGAAGAUCACAAAGUUGACAGAGGGAAUUACGCCCCACGGUACUGAUUUGGGAGACCGAAAUAUUGUAGUGAUGCAAGAAAGAAUAGAAGAGUUGUCAGAGAACAAUGACCAUUUAAUGGAUAAGCUAAGAUCUAUUGCAUCUGCAUUCCAAGAGAUUAGAGAGACAAAGAUUUCCUUGGAGAAGGAGUUAGAGGAGAAGAUCUCUGCGGAAAAGGAUUUUGAUGAUUUCAAACAAUCUGCUAAUUCAGAGAUAGAAGCUCUCAAGAAGAGUGUCGAAACCUUAAAAUCAUCUAAGACCGAAGAGCCUAUGAAUCAAGCGUCAGCAGACACAGACGAUCCUAAAAGCAAGGGAGAAGAUAAGGUGGUAGCUCAUGAUGAGGAAUUGGGCCAAUCGUUAGAACAGUUAAAAUCUGAAAAUGCCAUACUCAAAAAGAAACUCUUACAACUCGAAGAACAUGGAAACUCGUCUUCUGACUUAAAUUCAAGUCGUGAGCAUAAUUUGAAUAGCUCUAGUACUGACAGAGAACUUACUCAUUGUAUUGAGGAGAAGGAGGAACAGCUCAAGCAAUUAGAAUCUUCAGUCGCCACUUUAACUGGAAAGCUUCAUAUUUUCGAAAAAGACUUGAAGGACCAAAAUGAGAGAGGAGAUGGUGUUGAAAAUAUGAAUGCUGAUGUUCCUGAAGCUAAAGAUUUUGAGAAUGAUUUUGAGAACUUAAAGACAGAGAAAAAUUCACUUAAGAAGCGACUUGAAGAAAAAGAAGGUGAUUUAUCUCGCAUGUUCUCCCUCCAAGAGUUGAGAAUGAAAGAAUUCGAAGAUAAAGAACAAGAGUUCAAUCUUCUUCUGAAACAGUAUAAAGAUAUAAAAGAUCAAUUAAGCGACUCGAGGGAGGAGAUAAUCAAGUCAGAGAAUAAAAUUAAAGUAAUCGAAGAAGAGAAGGCUUCUUUGUUGAAAAAAUUGGAAACAGUAAAAGUUAGCGAAGAUGACGAAGUAGAUCAAUUGAAGCAAGACAAAGAAAACCUUGCCAAGGAACUAGAUGCAGAGGCCCUGAAUAACUUAGAGUUGUCCAUCAAGAUUGACUCUCUUGAAAGUAAGCUAAAGGAGUAUGAUACUUUCAUGGAGGAGGAGAAAUCACAGCUUUUGGUGUCUCAAAAAGUUUUGGAGCAAAAGCUUAAAAUGUGCUCGACUGUGGAAAAAGAAAAAGCUGCAAUUAGUGAUAUGUUAGCGAGAGCAUUUGAAAAAAUUUCUUCAUAUGAGAAAAAAGUUGAGGACCUCGAGAAAGCGAAUCUGGACCUCAAAAAAGAUUUGGCUGCCUCUAAUGGGUCCGAAUCUGACCUCAAGCAUGAAAUUGAAAAUCUUAAGCUCAAGUUUUCAAAUUUGCAGUCAGAACUCGAGAAGAAGCGAGAGGAAGUGCUCAAGCAGCGCGAAUUAAUGGGUAAGGAUUCUAGCAGUAUAAUUCAAGAAUGCAACUUGAAAAUGCAAGAAUUGGAGACUGAACUUGUAACUUCAAAGGAUGAAGUAGUAGCAAAGGAUUCACAAAGCUCUCAUACGACUUCAAGUUUAAAUAAUAAAAUUGCAUCUCUCUCUGAUGACUUGAAUAAUUAUAAAGAAAAAUUGAGCAAGUCUCAUGAAUCUUACAAGAAACUCAGUGAUGACCUCAGCAAGACAAAGGCCCAGAAGGUAGAAGAGGUGAGCAAAUUAGAAAAGGAAAUUGAUGAACUUGUUUAUGAGAUUGAAACUUUGAAGUCUAAGCAUAAUGAUGUCGCUCAACAGGCAGAGGAGAAGAAUAAUUCUUUGGAUUCAAGUUUGCAAAAAAUUAAAAGCGAAAACGGCUCAAUUAUAGAAUCUCUUCGCAACGAAAACAAAUCUUUGAACGAAAACUUGGAGAAGGCAGUAUCAUCUGAAGAGUCACUCCUGCAGAAACUUGAACAGAGUCAGGCAGCUUUAGAAGAAACUUCGCUGGAAAAUCAAAGUUUAUCUAAGCAAGUGACAGAAUUAAUUUCUGAGAAAGAGAAUCGUGCGACAGAGCUAGAGAAUGAAGUUAAAGAUUUGAAGUCUCGGAUGGAGAUAUUGAAGGACGAGAUUGCGAAGAAAGAGGCAGAGACAAAGGUCAAUGAAGUCGACAGCAAGGAAUCUUUAAAAGAUGAAAAGGAUGUUGAAAUAAGGAAACUUAACGAAUCCAAUAACCAACUUCAGGAGAAGUAUCAAACGGUAACUGAUGAUUUGCAAAAACAGAUCGAAAAAUUGUCCAUCGAAUUGAAAAACAAGUCUUCAAUUGACGAUAGCUUUGAAGGGUUGACAGAAGACCAAAUCAAGAAACACUCUGUCAGCUUACCCGAUGCCACUCAAACUAGUUCCGAUAGCGAUUCUUUAAAAGAGGUGUCACAUUCAUAUAAGGAAAAGGAAAAUAAAUACAAAGAAGAAUUAAAUAGUAUGACAACACAAUUACAAUCUCUUAAAGAUGCACAACUUGAAUAUCAGGGUCUUUUAGAGAAGGAAAAGAAAAACAAAGACGAUUUGAUGGCAAAGGUACAUGAAAUUGAACAUGAAAACUCUACUUUGCAGAAGUCAAAGGAGGAUUUUGAAAAAAGGAAAAAAAUUGAGAAUGAGUUUAAUAAUUUUAAAAAGGAAGCAGAAGCCCGGGAGCAGAAUUUCAAUGAACAGAUUCGUACCCUUACUGAAAAAUUGAAGAAAAGAGUUCCUGAAACAGAAAUGGAUGAGCUUAUCAUGAUCUUAUCCGAAGUUGACGAGUCGAAGAAGACUUAUAAAGAGAGAUUGAAAGAAUUAGGGGAAGAAGUGUCUUCUGAAAAUGAUUCCGAUCUUUCAGAUAGUGAAGAGGACUUGAAAUAA